AUGAACACCCGUGGAGUCCCCAACCGCCAGCCCGAAGUCGAGAUGAAGGGCAGUUUCGAGAUCAUGGAUGCCCAAUUCGCGGCCGGCCGACCCCGCCGCUUCUCCAACCUCGGCAUCGACUUCCUCGACGACCCCGACAACCGUCCGGGCAUCCAGGCAACGUACCAUGCCAACCACGCUGAGAGCUACGUCGGCGACAAGGAGCACCACAAUGCGGAUAUGCAGAACAAGUAG